CUCGCUCGGCCCGCGUCGAGGACUGCGAACGUUCACGGGCAGCUACUUCGCCAAGGUGCAAGCGUUGUGACAAGCCAAGUCGCCACCUCUCAAGUCCUUGUUUUCCUCUAUCUUGUCAUACCCAUGGCAGGCAGCGAGUCUUCGUCAGACUCGGGCUUUGCCCUUGCCUAUGCCGUGAUGACCCGGCCAGACGCCGCCGUCUCUCCCGCCGCCGCCGCCACCGCCGCCCGUGCCCGCUCGCGGCCAUCGCGGCAAGCCGGUCCACUCCCGACCAACUCGAGCCCUGCACGGACGCGAUCAUCUGGAGUCAUGACCAGAGUUGGAGGACAGUCAUCGUCGACUGGCCGCACAUCGACCAGCCAAUCCACCUCUCGUGCGGGUAAGCAGGGCGGCAAGCAGCUCCAGCUCCAGCUCCAGCCGCAGCUCCAACGGAGCGUCAUGUCCGAGUCCAAGGUACGGAAGCAAGUGGCAUCGCCGGCAGUCGCCAUGUUGAGAGGCAGCUCACUGGUCAAGAGCAACUCGAUGGGCAUGCCGAUGGAUCAGAUUAGAAGGCUGGAGGAGCGGAGAGAGGCCAGGAGGAAGAGCUCCAUGCCAAGCACCGCUUUGGCCGCCGCUGCUGCCGGUGCGGCCGCACACUCCACCUCAUCCUCGCCGCCUGUCAACCAUGUUAUUCCUUCCAUCACCGCCACCUCGUCGACAACGUCGAUGGUGAUCCAUCCGGCGGCCGAUGGCUCCCUCCCGCACGCCACGCGCUCCGACGUGGCCAUCUCGCCGGUCAUGGCUGCGCUCCGUGGCAAUCAACUUGCCAAGAGCAACUCAAUGGGCAUGCCUCAGACGCGGACAAGCAAGGCUGCGCCUGCUGCGCCUGCGCCCAAGUCGAUCAAAGACGCAGGUGGCGGGAAGGACGCUGCCGACGACGAUGAUGAUGACUUUAGCGGCUCGGGAUGGAGCUCGGGCGAUUCGAAGCGAAUGCCGCCGAUUGAUGGCGGUGCCAGCGCAGGGGGGCUCACAUCCAAGGCACAUACCAGCUCUGUGGAAGGGGGGCAGUGGCUCGGAGCCAAGCCGGCGCGGAAGCGACAUCGGCGGCGGAGCUUUGACAACUGGAACUCGGCUCAGGCUGACCAAGCCGAGCUCGAGUGGAGCGACGGUGAGGCACCGGAAUGGAGCGGCAUUGCUGAAGGGCUCGCAGCUUGGGUCGCGAACAAUGCGCCUGUGCGCGUGGACGAGCUCGGGGAUCACGGACUCGACGACGUGUUUUCGUCAUCAGAGGAGUCGUCGUGCGAGGCCGAGCUCGCGCUCUCUGUCCGUGCUGCUGAGAAGCGGGUUCGGUUUGCCAUCGGCAAGCCGAGAGUCCACACGUACGUCUCAUACGCCAAAGCUGUGACGCGAGCAACUGCCGAUGACGACGACGACCUACGGUCUGCGCUGGCCAUCAUUGGGCUGGCGUCAAUUGCCGAAGAACCGGAUCACGUGGUGCCUGUCCAGCCAAAGCCACGGGCGGCACCACUGCUGGUGGAUGUCAUGUUUGGCAACGGGCGGGGGAGCAAGUUGCCACGGACCGGCUCGGAAUCUUCAGAACUCGACUCCUCGGCAUCGUCGUCAUGUCUCGACUCUUCGCGCGGCGAGCUGGACGAGGUGGCCGCGGCGUGGAGAGCGAUCGAGGAAAAGCAGGCUGCCCGGCCGGGACGCGACCCGACCAUCAUCGGAGUCCAGCCCAAGGUGGAAGGCCCAUGGACGCGAAUUCGAGUCUCGACCGCCAUCCAGGCAUUUGCGUCAGCCAUCGAGUCUGGCGAGCUGGUGGAGGCCGAGGGUCGGACCCGCGAGCCUGCGGCGCGCGGAUGGUUCAAGCGAAUGGUUGGCCCGCCACGGCUGGCCUCAGCACAACUCGAGGCACAGCAGCACGCGGUGCUGGUGGUGGGCAAGGUCAAGCUCGACGACCGCUUCCUCCUCCACAUCCAGAUUCUCAACUCGGUCUACCGCGAGUUUGUGGGUGGUGCCAUCGAGCCCACCCGGUUCGGCUCGCACUGGGAGCUGCUCGGUUUCCAGGGCCGCGAUCCGGCCACAGACCUACGCGGAGUGGGCAUGCUCGGCCUGGUCAACCUCCUUGCCCUCGCGCAAGAGUAUCCGGUCGUGGCGCGAGCGGCGUACGAGGCUGCCCUGGAUCCCAACCACGACUACCCGAUGGUCCUUGUCGGUUUUCGCCUGUCGUCGGCCUGCCUCCGCCUGCUGCGGGGUCACAAGCUCAACAAGACAGCUAACGGUCUGGGCUCGGUCUGGGCCGCCUUCCACUCGAUGUAUGCCGCGAGCUGGGCUGCGUUUGUGAGCACGUGGCGGAGCGGCCGACACACCAUUGUGGAGUAUGACGCUGUGAUGCGCGCGCUUGAGGCCAAGCUUGCCAAGUCGGUGCCCAAGGCGCUGCGCGAGCUGAGUGCUUUCGAGGCGCGCAAGCGCAAUGAUGCCGGUGGGCUGGUCGGCGGCGAUGACCUCGAGCUGACGCAGUUUGGGUAG